AUGAGUGAGUCGAUACCAGUCCCGCCUGACGAGGGAGAUGUGAAUAACGACGCUAUCAGAGAAAGUUUCCUCAGGAUCGAGGAACAGCGCCAUAAGCGGUUUACCCAGGACCUGGUCACCUUGGUGAAAGACUAUGGAUCAACAAUCCGGCAGGAUGAAAACAUUUUGAUCUCCGAGUACAUCACCUCCAAGCUGUCGAAUGAGACCCUAGUCAGGAAGGUCGCCGAACUCGAACAGGUAAACAGCGUCUUAAGGGCCAAACUGGACAGACCCAGUGGUAGCCCAUCAAAUCCAGAAGGAUCUGGCUCUGCGGAGGGCUCGUCCGCUGCCAUCUAUGAUCUGGAGCAGGAACUCAAGAUGGUGACUGCAGAUCACGUCCGCGCUCUGGACGAUUCAGAAAAGCUUCGCAAGACCUGCCAGGAAUUGGAACUGCGGCUCCGGGCUUCUGAGACGAUAAUCUCAAGAUUUCAGGAGGCGGAGAAGCAAUGGAUAGCUUCAGAAGACCAGCUACGUGAACAAAUCAUUCAGAGUAAUCAGGGGAUCAACGAGCUCAAAUGGCGUGCCAACAACCUUCAGAAAAUAUCCAAUGCCAAAAUCGUAGAGGCAACUCAAUUGCAAUCAAAGCUCCAGGGAAAGACGGAGGCCGAGAUUGCAUUGAAGGCGGAACUGAAUACGAUUAAGGAUGAACAUCAGGCUACCUUAAACUUCAUCAGCGAGCACUAUUCGGCCCUAGCCUCAGCUGUUGCUCAAAAGUCGGGUGUCAUGCGUACUCCUAGUAGCGCGCCUAGUUCAUUGAUACCUACAACAACAUCACCAGCGCAGGCGGGAAUGACAGUAACACCAUCUACGGAACGGGCGCACCCAAUUCUCACUAUACCCACAUUACCCUCCCGCGCUAUCCAGUCAGCACUCACCCCGCCCAUACACUCGCCAACCGACAGUGCUCACGCGGCCACCCCACCACCGUCAGCCUUCCAAACAUCCGGAUCUCCGUUUUUUCAAGCCCAGAACCAGAUUCAAAGCCUCCCACCGAUCUCGUUCUCGGCCUUGGUGACGCGAUUGGAACGGGAACAAAGCGAGUUAUGGACUAAGCAGCGGGAUUAUGUGCAGUGGUUCAUCCGCCAGCCCUUUUCGCCGGACAAGAUGGCUGAGCAACUCAAGGAGCUGGAACGGAAGCAGCUGCAAACGCUGCAGCUGUUGCAUUUGCAUCAUCAACAGCAGGUUCAACAGGCGCAGUUGCAAGCCCUUCAGAUCUCUGGCCACCCUCCAGGAACACCGCAGUAUCAGCAAUUGCAGGAUGUAUAUUCCAGGCUACUUCAGUCAUUGCAGCAAAACCAGGCUGGCCUACAGGUUCAACAUCAGAGGGACCACCAAAAGAUAUACCAGGAAGUACAUCAUCUUGUACAACUCCAGCGACAACAGCAGGAACCACCACUACAACAGCAGCAGCAGCAGCAGCAGCAACCACAACAUAAACAACUGCAACAGCAAUUGCAACAGCAACAACAACAACAACAACAACAACAACAACUGCAGCAGCAACAACAGCAACAGCAAGUACUACAACAGCAACAGCAAGUACUGCAACAGCAAGUACUACAACAGCAAGUACUACGACAGCAACAGCAACAGCAACAGCAGCAACAGCAACAACAUCAACACCAACAAUACCAUCAAUACCAACAACUACUACAACUACAGCAGCAGCAGCAGCUUCAACAGAGUCACCUACAAUUAAUGUCACCAGCGACAGUGCCGGGACAACACCAGGCGAGCAGUCAAAACUUACAAGCAGAGAUGCAGAGGAGCUUACUCGCAAAGAUGCAAUUGUCGCAAUUACCUCAGCAACAGUCCAAACAGCAGCAACAAGUCUUACAAUUGCAACAAUCGCAGCAAUAUCAGCCCCCACAACUUCAGCUCCCGCAACAGCAGGCAGCACAACAGCAACAGCAGCAUCAACAAUGGCAACAACGACCACAAGAGCAGCCUCAGCAACAACAGCAAUCAACGCUACAGCAACAACUGCCGCAACCACCAUCAGCUCAACUGCAGACACCAUCUCAGCAACAAUCGCCAAUGCAAAUGGUCUACAGUCUUAUCAAUAACCACGUAAAUGCCAAGGCAUUCAAUGACCAAUGGCGGAAAGUAUCUGAGGAAUGGAAUGCAACAAGGGCGCAGCUCGAAGUAUUGAAAGCAGCCAACAUACCUGACAACUUGCGCGCUGCAAAGGAAUUUCCCUUGGAGCGGCUUGCGGAGCAGCAGCUUAACACCAUGAGCAACCUUCGAACACAGAUAUCGGCAUUGGCAGUACAUCUACAACAGCAGGCCGCAGUCAGUACUUCCGGAGCCCCUCCCACAAGUCAACACAUAGCCAUCCAGAAUAUGGAUCAUCAGCCCGCCUUGUCCACUCAGAGAGCAUCAGCGGCACCUCCAGUCUCUCAUUCAAGCACAGCAGGGGAUACAGUGCCGUCUGUCGCUGUACCCGUUCCUGUCAGUGCACCUCCCCACGUGCCUUUGUCUGAAUCUAUGAUGUGGAACGGAACAGGAUCGUCAAGUCCACGUACUAUAACGGGCGCAUUAGGAUCUCAGACAGAAUCAGCCACGCGGUCAGAAGUCAUCAUACUGGAUCGUUCGCCUGAAGAGCUGGUCAAGGAACCAAUUGGCGCGUCAUCUGAGCAGGAAACUUCUACAGAUUCUCAGCCAACCUCAAGCGAGGGCGAUUCGCCAGUGACAGUCAAAUCGAAGAGCUCUUUGACAGGGGGGCAUGAGAGUCUGCAACAGAGCAAGGCUGAAGCCAAAGAGUCUGAAAAGGAUACAAGUCAUCUAUCGGCUGUUACCACAGAACAACACAAGUCGACGGAGGAAUCAGAGCAGAUGGAGAUUAACGCGCCAAGGACUGAAACGUUGGCGACAGUGGCACCCGAUCGCUCCCUAACUCCACCGCGAGACCGUAUUGAUGCAACGCUGAGUCUUUUAACUGCAGCGCAGGAGGCAAUCGAGCCACUACCACAGGCUUCGAUUGCGCCUCAGGGAUUUUCAGCAGCACCAUUGGCGAUAUCAGAUACCUCCCAAAAGGCACCACCAGAGCCGUCUCCAGAUAUAGCGACAAACGUCCCUGCUGCAAAGGGGUCCGAUUUCUCAGCGGAAAACUUCAGGAGGAAGAUCCAGAUAUUGACGAGAGAAGCGAACGUACUGAGCCUCACCAAAGGAUCCACUUCAAUACUUGAGAAAUCCCUUGCUUUGGAAAAGAAGCCUCACCAUGGCAGCGACAAAGCAGAUGUUCAGGAACCGGCGCCGGUAAUCAAAGCAGCAGACCCGCAUGUCCAAUCUGGAACAGCUGCCAAGGACACUGAUAACCCUUCGCCUGGAACUCUUUCCGCAAACAAGCGGCGCUUGAUCAUCGACUGGGAGGACGAUGACGAUAUGGGAGGCGAUUGGUUUGACCUCACCAGUCUCGAGGACAGGCAUUCCAGUGACCAUGACAGCAAACGAGAGUUAAAAAGAAUGAACUCUGACGAUCUUCUUAUGGAGGAGGUGGUUGCUACAGGGUCAGCAAAGUUCAAUACGCAAAAAUCUGGCCAUGGUCGAUGGCUGGUGUCCCAGGCGCGUUUGCAUUCUCAACCCGCUAUCAAGAAGCGGAAAGAGAACGAUGUGGAGAGCAAGAGUGAUGAUGUUGCGCCUUUGUGUCCGCCGGCGACCCCAGUGAAUCGACCAGCGCCCUCUGUGGCUGUAUCGUCACCUUCUCUCGCCCUACCGCCGACGUCUCUAUCUUCAUCUACAACAACUAAGGGGAGUGAAGGCACAAAGACCACACCAAACGCAGGAUUGGAACCUGCUUUGUCAUCGUCAAAGAGGGACGGUAGAGCUCCUUUGAAGAAUACGACAGCAGCAUCUAUAGGAGGCGCAGAUCAAGGAGCAGCGCAAAAAUCGUCAUUAGUCAAUUCGGCCAGCGCGUCUGGCUAUGUGCCAUCUACAACCAACCUGCUGUUUGAUCAGACGGCGCUGCCUUCUUUUAGAAAGCGGACUGUCGUAUCAACUGAGCAGUCGGAACUCUCUGCGACUGAGAAUGUCUCUAAUACAUCGAUUAAAGAGGCAAACAGUGUGGUCGUUAAUGAGUCCAACGAGGCUGAGUCCAUAGAUCGUCAAUACCCAUAUUACUAUUUCCAAAACAACCCUAUUGCAAUCGCGGAAGUCCCCAGCAUUUCAACAGUCGCUCGCCCAUUUGGACAAUAUCCUGAUCCAAGGCUGCCUAGUGCUCGACCCACGGACCCUCGUCUGGCGAGGGUACAGAAGAAGACUUCACCGGUUCCCUCCAUGGCGGCCACUACCGUCACUACCGCCGCCGCUCUCACGACUACGGCCGCAGGUUUGAGUCCUAUGACCGUAAAAGGUACUGAGGAGCCCUUGUCUGUCAACACGGCCGCGCCAGAAUCGGUGGUUCACCUUACGGGACAGCAAUCCACACUGUCAGGCGAACAGACACAUCGAGCGGACUCUGGAUUGGAUUCUGGUCCGAAUUCUGCAUUUAUGAGGUCUCGCUCAAAGUUUUUCUUCCCUCAUGUGAAUACGAAUACGAAUACGAAUGCGAAGGCUAGCCCGCCCACAGCGAAGACGACGAUGCUGACUUUUGGAAAUGAUUCUACAAAGGAUCUCGCAGCCGCAGCCACUAAUACGGAUAGAGCGAGUCAAGCACAGGGAUCGAAAGCACUUCGAUACUCGUUGCCGAAGAAACCAAUCUCUGCUGGGAACACGAGUGAACCGAAGCUAUCGGCGUUGGGAAAUGCAGGUGUGGGUCAUAGACUAUCUGGAGAUCAGGGGCAGACUGGAAAUAACCAUCAUGGUCAGCAGCGGAAACUUACGCAACAGGAUCAACAUCAACAUCAACAGCAACAGCAGCAGCAGAACAUACAGCAACAGAAACGGUUCUGGCAGCAGAGCCAGGCUUCUCAGCAACAGAAGCAACAGUAUCAAGAGAGUCCUCUCCAGCAGCGUCCUCUGCAUCAACAGCAGCAAGGGCACGGACAAAAGCAGCGACAGAGUCCGCAACAGCAGGACCAAGAACAGAAGCAACAACAGCAACAACAACAAAAGCAACGGCAGCAGCAGCAUAACACAAUCCUUCAUAAGGAAAGGUACUAUCGCUGA